UACAAACCUGGCAGCUUCAAUGGAACCUGAGCGACAAGUACAUACAUACCUCGUAUAUCGUGGUUCACCGCCUUCCUGCUUGAGGACACUGAUAAUCUAUUAGAUGACAUUCCUCUCAUCUGCCGCAUAAGACCCGUCAUUAGUCUGAUCUUCAAAUUUCCCACACCAUGGACGGCGAACCUAGAUCUCUGAAAUCCAUCUUCGCCGAGGCUGAGGAGAAACGCCUUUCUCUCGAAGGCACCUACGAAGCUGCUUCUCCAAGCUAUCGCGAUGACAUCUCAGCCGCGAUCCAGGGUUACCAAAGCUGCCUUUCGACGAUCAGCCAGGUAUCCCUGUUCAGUCCCAACGAAUCCGCCGACGAUAUCUCCACGUCCGACCUCCCAUACCUGCUUGUCAACUACCACCUCGCCGAGCUGAUCCAAAAGGCCCCCGCCUCCACCCCACAAGACCGCAAGCGCAUCCUAGCCGGCGCCCGCGACGCCUACGACCGCUACCUGCACCUCCUCGACAGCUACAGCCUCCUCACCGACGCGCACGCCAAGCUCCUCUCCCGCUACGCCGAGGACCCCGCCUCAUUCAGCACCGUCUCCGGCAGCGCCGCCGACGCGACCGCCCGGCGCAACGCCAAGAUCGCCAACUUCAGGGCCGAGAAGGAGCUGCGCCAGAGGCUCAACUUCCUGCGGCGGCGGCCGGGCUACGCCGACCCGGACUCGCGCGAAGCCGGCGGCGACGAGGAGGCCGUCCGGGCCGUCCACCUCGCACACCUCGCCUACGCCGCCCACAUGGCCUUCCAGGGCCUCGAGUCGCUCAACCGCGAGCUCGACGUCAUCGCCCAGGCGCCCCCGCCCGGCGAGCCGGUGCCGCCGGCGGCCUCGGCCGAGGCGGACGAGCGGCGGCGGAGGGCCGAGGCGGACGCGUACAGCGACAGGGUGGACGGGCCGGCGGGGGGCCUGAGGGGCGUGGGAGGCCCGCUGCUGAGCGGGCAGGGGAAGCCGCUGCAGCCGUUCACGCUGGUGGGGAACCGGCAGGAGCUGGCGAGGGGGGUGUUCCGGCCGGGUCACAACCUGCCGACCAUGUCGAUCGACGAGUACCUGGAGGAGGAGCGGCGGAGGGGCGGCAUCAUUGAGGGCGGUGGCGAGGCGAGCAUGCGGGUGCCGGAGCCAGACGAGGACGACUUUGAUAAGGCGGAUGCGGAUACGAUGAAGGCGAGGGAGUGGGACGAGUUCACGGAGGCGAAUCCGAGGGGGAGCGGGAAUACGUUUAAUAGGGGGUGAAAGAAGCUCUUCUGGGGGGUAGAAGGCUCUAGAAAUGAUGAUCGCCGAUUACAAUAUACAUACCAGGGCUGAAUAGUAACGCUGGGUGGAAGGACGAGUAUGGGAAGAUCGCAAAUCAAUGGUCCUUUUGAUUCAUCUCUAAUACGGUAUGAA